AUGGCGGGUGGUCUAGUCAAGUACCGACACUUGAGUCGGAAGUCGUCCCAUCGACAAGCCCUACUGCGCAACUUGGUCACAGCCCUCGUCCAGCACGAAUCCGUCCGAACGACGUGGCCCAAGGCCAAAGAGACCCAGCGCCUAGCCGAAAAGCUCAUUACCCUCGCUAAGAGGAACAACGAAACCAGCAGGCGGAAAGCAACCGGUAUAUUAUAUACCCCGCACAACCUCCUCCCCAAGCUCUUCGGCGAGCUGCGCCAGCGCUACGCCGACCGCCCAGGCGGCUACACCCGCGUCCUGCGAACGGAGCCCAAAUCCCGCUACGACCAGGGCGACUCGGCCAUUCUCGAGCUCGUCGACGGGCCCAAGGAUCUGCGCUUCGCCAUGACGGCCGCCGCUUUCGCGCGCGAGCAGCGCCUCGGCCGCCCCCACAACGCCCUCACCCUGCUCAACCGCCAGAAAGUCACGCGGUUCCGGCCCGGCGGCCAGGCUGCCUUCGACGAGAUGGUGAAGAGGGUGGAGGGGCUACGGCUGGGUGGUGGUGGCAAGGGAACUAGCGGGCGGGAUGCUGGUGCGCAGGGUUCGGCGGAGGCUCCUGCUAGUUAG